AUGCCCUAUAAGUUUGGCGCUAAUGUUAUUUCCAUGGGCGCAACCUUUUGUGGAUUCUUAAAAGUUGCGAGUACGUGCACUAAAGCUCUAGUAUGUGUACUGGAAAGAUGUUUAUCAAACGAAACCUUCUACUUGUCAGCCAAAAGCUAUGAUCACAGAGCGCUACGGUAUCGCUCCGCAUUGCAGGGCCCCCCUACAAUCAUCUCGGAAGCGGAAGCAGAAGCCUGGGGCCGAGAAACAGAUGACAGGUUCUUUGAGGCUCCUGAAACACAGGGCUUAGUGGAGUCGAUGUGUAAGGCUUCUUUUAAACCUGAACCUGAAGGGAACAUGGGGCUUCCACGCGUUUCCCCUGGCGUAUCCCUGGGUGCGGCCGCAAUCAGCGUUUCAAUAGUCGAGGGGGCAGGGUUCAAUAUUCUCAUGUCUCUGCUUUCCAUGAACUUCAAUGUCUUGCCUCGAAAACGCCAGGCCCAUACUUAUGCCUCGGGCUUUAUUGUCCUUUGGCGAGAUGCACCCUGA